UCUUUAUCUGGUAUAAAUACGAGAGCAUGAAGCUUCUGUCUCAUCCACAAACUUGCAUCCUUCACAAGACGUCUUUUAAAGAAGACAUUUCUUGCUACCUGCUUCAUCAGUUCCUUGUUAAGAACAAGAUGGUCAGUAUUGUUCAAGUUGGUGGAAUGGGAGGAAAACCUUUCAAUUUUUCUGGCAAGGAAACUGGAUACUGGUUGAAAAAGAUCCAGGUUUGGGAAGGUGAUUCUCAGAUAAAAGCUGUGAAGGUGUGGCUUACUGAUAACGAGCCCAAAGAGUUUGGUGUUCCUGAUGGGAGUCCGAAAGAGUUUACAUUUGAGAAAGAUGAGAAAUUCACCUCCCUUUCACUUUGGCCAAAUGAAGAUGAUACACAUCUGGGUGCCAUCAAAUUCACGACAAGCAGCUUCCGGGAGUUCCAUGCAAAAGUGCGCCUUACUCAGCUGCAACCAGAAGUUCAAGUUGAUGUUGAAACUGGGAAAUGCAUCGGAAUCCAAGGACGAUAUGGGACUGGCAUUGAUCGCUUUGGCUUCAUUUUGCUCAAGAAGAAUUCUGCUUAGCUUACCAAUGUGGUGUAUACCACCAUUUCUAUAAUCUCACCCAAAGUGACCAAAAUCUUUUGACAUUUUCAGAUUAUAAUCUGUUAUAAUUUCCAUCAAUAAAAUCAGUCUUAAUUGAAACUAAGCUUCUGACUUGUUUUUUCCAUAAUUAUGUAUUAUUCUAGAUUCUUCCUGAGCACUACCACAAGUCCCAGUCUUCCCACUAAAAUGUUUCUAUAUGUUGGAGUAGACAAACACUCAUACACUACUUGAGCACAUUUAAACUAAUUCAUAUUAU